CAACUGACGCCCAGCAUCCCAUAUCAAAGCCAGAAUGAAAUGAGAAGAGAGUUCACUCACUUACAAUCCUACUACCUUGCUUUCUGCAGGUAACAAGUCACUUACCCAGGUGCAUACGACCUUGAAUUUCCUCCUGUGAUAUCCAGGUAUCUUGAAAUAUAGAGCCUCAUCAUGCAAGGUCCCGGGAUCAACGAUGGCGCGCAGCCUUAUGCAACCAUGGCUGGGAAGCUGGACUCCAAGCUCCUGCAGGCCCUUGAUGUAAUGGGGUUCACGCAUAUGACGCCUGUCCAGCACCGGGUGUUGACCGUGCUGCCCAACUGGCGCAGUGACUGCCUUGUCCAGGCCAAGACUGGUACUGGAAAGACCCUCGCCUUUCUGCUGCCUGCAUUGCACUGUCUGCUUCAAGGCUUUUCGGCCCCACCAAGAGGUCAGGUCGCCAUCCUGAUCAUUACUCCUACGCGAGAACUAGCUCAGCAAAUUGCCAAGUCGUGUGACCAACUGACCUCGCAACUGGCGACCCGUCUGAGAUGCGACAUUGCGGUUGGUGGAACGGCUCGGGCAUCUGCCUUUUCCCGCUUCAUGAAGGAAGCCCCGUCUGUUCUUGUAGCAACUCCAGGACGUCUGAAGGACUACCUGUCUGACCCAUCUGCCGCCGAGAAGAUGUCGAACAUUCAGACCCUGGUUCUGGACGAGGCUGAUACGAUGCUCGAGGCUGGCUUCCUCGCUGAUGUGAAGCAAAUCCUCCGACUAAUUCCCCCCAAGAGCACUGGCUGGCAGGGCAUGUGCUUCUCCGCCACCGUUCCUCCCAAGGUCAAGGAUGUGGUCAACGUGGUGUUGAAGCCAGGCUACAGUAGCAUUUCCACCAUUGAAAAGAAUGAGGCCCCCACGCAUGAGAGAGUUCCCCAGUACCAUGUGCUGAUGCCGUCUGUGGCAGAGACCUUUACGACUCUUGCAUCCCUGAUCCAGCUGGAGAGCAAGACCAGCUCGAAAAUCAUCGUCUUCGGCGUCACUGCCAACAUGGUUGCUCUCUUCGCCGCUGCCUUUUCUCGGGGCUUGACGCCGUUGAGCGUGUUUGAGAUCCAUUCCCGACUCAGUCAGAGCGCUCGCACGAAGACCACGGAGCAAUUCAAGCAAGCGGCUGCCGGUAUCUUGUUCGCCUCGGAUGUCAUUGGUCGUGGCAUGGAUUUCCCCAAUGUCGACUUGGUGAUUCAGGUCGGCUUGCCAUCGAACGGCGAACAGUACGUUCAUCGUGUCGGUCGUACCGCCCGUGCCGGCAAUGACGGUCGCGCCAUCAUUCUCCUCACCGAAGCCGAAUCUUUCUUCCUCAAGGCCAAUCGCCACCUGCCCAUCCAGCCUCAUCCCCAGACCGACGCCAUCAAUGCGGGCGCUGCGUCUUGCGCCGAGGCUGUCACAGAGGCCAUGUACACCAUUGAUGAAGAGAAGAAGCAACGUGCUUACUCGUCUUUCAUUGGUUUCUUUGCUGGAUCGGGUCUUAUGAAGCAGCUUCGUAUGGAUAAGCCCGGCCUUGUUCAGCUCGCCAACGACCUGGCUAUCAACGGUAUGGCCUGCCCCGAACCCCCGCCGAUGGACAAGAAGAUUAUUGGCAAGAUGGGACUGAAGGGCGUGCCUGGAUUUAACUAUGCGACCGGAAGUGACUCGGUUCGCAGCUCUAGACCCCAGGGUCGUACUCCAGGCAAGCCUCGCGAUGUGCUCAGCCCUGGCGGAGGAGAACGACGGGGUGGAGUUGAGAAGAACCGUGGUGGUGGUCGUGGAGGACGAGGACGUGGGCGUGGGCGUGGUGGACGUGGAGGGAAGCCGAGAGGAGACUAGUUGCUACUGGCAAUACUAUAGACAUUAGAUCGGCAUCAUAUACAUACAGCAUGCCAGCAUACCUACCGAAGAAUCAGCAGCUACACAUGGAGGCACUUUAUGUACACAAUUAUUGAUCAUAACUGGAUAUGCCCAGUCCAGUCAACGAUUUCCUAAACAUAGGUAUCUUCCAACUGGACUCACCGAUAAUCAGACACAUUAAUUUCUGUGAUGUUUACAUUUUAUCGGAUUUGUUCCUCCAUCUCUCUUUGUUCCCUUCUUCACUUUCAUCGUUC